AUGGCACCUGUUCUUUCUGACAAGGACGUUAACGCUCCCGUCCAGAGCCAGGACGCUAUCGCUGCCAACAACGGCAAGCCCGCUGGUGCUAAGACCCUGGAGUACCAUCGCCUACUAUUGCAGUCCAAGAUGGCCGAAGAGAAGUACGGCGCCAAUCCCACUGAUACCAAUGCCAAUUCCACUACCACCAAGUCGGACACCAAGACGGCUCCCGUCGCUGGCAACGAUGCGGCUCCUGAUUCCCGCGUUAAGAACCCUCAGAACCGCUUCCUUGCUAACGUCGGUCCUACCAACAAUAGACAGCAACAGUACAUCUCUCCUUCGGAUAACAUUAUGAGCCCUUGCACUGCCAAGUUGAACGCCCUCAAGGGCCGCGCCGCCGGACGAAUGAAGCCCAAGUCCCUCUUCGCCCAGACCUCUACCAAGAAGCUCGACGGAGAGAAGAAGCUUGACGGCGGAAACGUCUUCGGCGCCAAGAACACACCCUCCCCGCCCCCGGACACCAACGGACCCGACAUGUAA